AUGGAUUCCAGCUCCGACCAUCUUCUGAUCUUCUUCCUACUCUUCUCGUACCACAACCUCAACGGCCUGGCCAUGGCGACAUCAGAUGAGAGUUUGAUCAGCACACUGUGCAGCAAAACAGAAGAGCCAGUAAUUUGCAGAGAGUGCGUUCAAGCAGAUCCUAGCAGCAAGUCAGCAAAUGGCCAAGGGCUGGCCCUCAUAGCCAUUGCUUGCGCAGAGAGGGACACAACCUUUCUGCGAAGACAUUCAAGCUUCUUCAGAAUGCAAGGUCACUAUGACAGUGCUAUAAAGGCUUCAGUCAUUUACUGUUUGAAGCUGUUCGAACGAACUCCAGAAUUGCCUGUGCCACAACAGGUCUUGGCUGGCACUGUAGCCUCAAACCAAACCUGUAGAAAUGCUGUUGAAAUCCUGAGUUCUAUAUGA